AGCCGCGGCACGGCGAGAGCAUGUCCAAGCCGGUGGACCACGUCAAGCGGCCCAUGAACGCCUUCAUGGUGUGGUCGCGGGCUCAGCGGCGCAAGAUGGCCCAGGAGAACCCCAAGAUGCACAACUCGGAGAUCAGCAAGCGCCUGGGCGCCGAGUGGAAGCUGCUCACCGAGUCGGAGAAGCGGCCGUUCAUCGACGAGGCGAAGCGCCUGCGCGCCAUGCACAUGAAGGAGCACCCCGACUACAAGUACCGGCCGCGGCGCAAGCCCAAGACGCUGCUCAAGAAGGACAAGUUCGCCUUCCCGGUGCCCUACGGCCUGGGCGGCGUGGCCGACGCCGAGCACCCGGCGCUCAAGGCGGGCGCCGGGCUGCACGCGGGCGCGGGCGGCGGCCUGGUGCCCGAAUCGCUGCUCGCCAAUCCCGAGAAGGCGGCCGCCGCCGCCGCCGCCCACUCGCACCCCAGCCCGGGCAACCCGGGCUACAUGAUCCCGUGCAACUGCAGCGCGUGGCCCAGCCCCGGGCUGCAGCCGCCGCUCGCCUACAUCCUGCUGCCGGGCAUGGGCAAGCCUCAGCUGGACCCCUACCCCGCGGCCUACGCCGCUGCGCUAUGACCCCGCGGGGCCGCCUCGCGAGGACCGGUGUGCACACGUGUACAUAUGUAUAGGUACGAGUUCCGCGGCCUCCCCGUGCGCCCUCCCGCGACGGGGGCCCCGGUUUGUAUGUACAUAAGAUGUAUAGGUGCAGGCAGAGGCAGAGAUGGCAGUCGGGGCGCGAGUGGCAGAGCGCGCGAGUGCUCGGGCGAGUGUGCGUGUGGAUUCACAGGAUCAUUUCAGACCGGCACUCCGGCAGCCAGCCCGAAGGAGGGCGGUCGUAUCCGACAGCAGUUGAUGUUUGCUUUGCACUUCGGAACCUGUUGCGUUUUGGCCCACAGAGGUGGAGGAGUAACUUUUUCUUUGAUAAGCUGGGCUUUCCAGUUUUGUUUGUCGGAAGUUUAUUGUCGGUUGUUUUUUUGUUUCUCAUUUUCUUUUUUUUCUUUUUUUUUUCCCCCUUUUCCCUCCCGGUCUGUGUCGCAUGCACUCUGUUCAAGUGUUAGGUCUGAAAUGGCUAGCACAAGGGAAAAGCUGAUCUGUGUCAUGAGUUUCUCAGAGACGGAUGACUCUGAGCAGCCUUGCUCCCUAUUUGUACUAUUUGACUUCGCAAAUCUCUGUUCUCCCAAGCAGAACCCUCAGACCGGAUCCAUUCUUGACCAGUGACCGGCUCGAAUAUGGCCUUUUGUAUGUGAGAUGAUCACGCUUUGUUUAUCACGUCAUAUGCAAAUGAGAGCGAGAGCUCUUAAGAGCUAGGGAUGCAAACAAGAAAUGUGUAUGAGAUGGAAAGUUGUCAAUUGGAUUUUAGCCCUUAAAAAAAAAAAAAAACGGCUAGGUUUCCUGAAUCCACUUGCUUGGAUUUGUGACACAGUUUACAGAAAGAUAAAAGGCACUGUUCCUAUUAUCCCCUUAUGGCUGAGUUCACCUUAAGAUUGUAAAUGUGUACAUGUCCGUGAAAACACUGAGUCUGCAAAUGUGUUGUUGGCAUUGCCCUAAAUUUGAGUCGGUUUUAGACUCUAAAGCAUUUUGAACAAAUCGCAAAGUUAACUUAAAAAUUGCGGGACUAUUUCAGAAUCGCAAUUUUAUCUAAGAUUAAAUCAGACUUUUUUGUCUGAGUGGUAAUUAUAUAUUUAUUAUUUAGCAAAACUGAAAAAUAAAAGACACCAGAAUUGCUUUGACAGAUGUCUCUCAUUUUCAGCUAGCAUUUCUUCACCAACUUGAACCGCUUGAAUGUGUUUUGGAGUUUCUUCCCUAAUUAGCUUAUUUUUUAGAUAACCUGCAAUUCAUUUGCAAAUUAUGAUAAAACACAUUUUAGAGAAAAGAACCUCAAUUAUAGCUUUUUGUUCCUUUUUAAAUGUAUAUAUUUUGACUAAUGUUUGUGAAUGAAGUUGGCUAACAUGUAUUUAGUUUCAUUCUGACUUUAUGUAAUAUAAAGUUUUAAAAAGUUUAAGUAUUGGUUUUAACCUUUAUGUGUAAAUGGUUUUCUUGUGUGCUCUUCUAAUUUAAUAUUAGAUGUCUAAACUAUAUCUGUAAAUUAGAAUCCGACUAUCACUCUGUUCAUUUUUUUUGAACAAAGAGUUUAAAUAAAGCCUGAACCAGGGAAAAGAGAAAAUC